UCUGACAGGAAAACCUAUAAACUCCAACUUUCUGCUGAAAACUAGUAAUGUCACUUUUCUACACAGAAUUAAUUUGGUGUGUAGUUGCCUGCCAGUUUCAGUUCCAGUUUGAUAUCUUUGCAUUCUGCUUCAUCAUUUGUAUCUACUCUCCAGGUAUCGUCUGUACUCCACGUACAAGGAGUCAAGUCUGUAAAUGUGAGCUGUGCUGCACAGGAGCAGAGCAGUAGGUCAAAUACUUGGACCAGCUGGAAUUUGUCAUUGCAGACAAGUGGAGAGCCCACGGUUUAAGCUGUUCCCAGGCCAUUCCACUUGUAGCACAGAAACUGCCUCAGAACAGUAGCAGACCUGACCUCCAAAAGCAGAGUUGCUUUAGGCACACCAGGUGUGGGAAAGGCAGGACUUAGCAAUGGGCUGAACACCCCACUGAUGCCACAGUUACCCUGCUGCUACACCGACACUGGCUUGUGUCUGCCUGGCUGGGAAUGCAGGUCUGGUUGGAGGACACAUCUCACUGGCUCCACGCGUGACAAGAUCAGACCCGCGGUCUCCUUCUUUCCACGAGAGCGGUUUGACUCCGCUCAACUACCAUAUAAAAUCCACUGCACCGGAUAUAAAAAUGACAAAAAUCUGGAUCACGUUUUUGCUGUCCUUCCUAUCAGUUAUUAUGUUUUUUGUCAGUGCUAUACCAUCUGAAGGGCAUCAGAAUAUGACAGAGGACUUCACUCAGCUGAGUGUUACACGGAAUAAAAUUAUGACAGCACAGUAUGAAUGCUACCAGAAAAUUAUGCAAGAUCCUAUUCAUAGGAAAGAAGGUCCUUACUGUAACAGGACAUGGGAUGGCUGGUUGUGCUGGAGUGAUGUUGCUGCUGGAACUGUGUCAGUACAGCGUUGUCCUGACUACUUUCAGGAUUUCAACCCAUCAGAAAAAGUUACGAAGAUCUGUGAUACAAGUGGGAAUUGGUUUAGACACCCAGAAAGCAACAGGACAUGGACAAACUACACACAGUGUAACAUCUAUACGCAUGAAAAAGUGAAGACUGCUCUGAAUUUGUAUUACUUGGCCAUCAUCGGACAUGGUCUUUCAAUUGCAUCACUUCUGAUUUCUCUUGGCAUAUUCUUUUACUUUAAGAGCUUGAGUUGCCAGAGGAUUACCCUGCAUAAAAAUCUAUUUUUCUCUUUUGUUUGCAACUCUGUUGUAACAAUAAUUUCACUGACUGCAGUUGCCAACAAUCAGGAGUUAGUUGCAACUAAUCCAGUUAGUUGCAAAGUGUCACAGUUCAUCUAUCUGUACCUGAUGGGUUGCAACUACUUUUGGAUGCUGUGUGAAGGCAUUUACCUGCAUACUCUCAUUGUGGUGGCUGUUUUCGCUGAGAAACAACACUUGAUGUGGUAUUACCUUCUUGGCUGGGGUUUUCCACUGAUCCCUGCCUGCAUACAUGCCGUUGCUAGAACUUUAUAUUAUAAUGACAAUUGUUGGAUCAGCUCUGAUACUCAUCUGCUGUACAUCAUCCAUGGUCCUAUUUGUGCUGCUCUGCUGGUGAAUCUUUUCUUCCUGCUAAAUAUUGUUCGUGUUCUCAUAACCAAGCUGAAGGACACCCACAAGGCAGAAUCCAACCUGUACAUGAAAGCGGUCAGGGCUACCCUGAUUCUUGUUCCACUCCUUGGCAUUGAAUUUGUCCUGUUUCCAUGGCGACCAGAAGGCCGGAUCGCCGAGGAAGUGUAUGACUAUGUGAUGCACAUCCUUAUGCACUACCAGGGUCUACUGGUGGCUACAAUCUUCUGCUUCUUCAACGGAGAGGUCCAAGCUGUUUUGCGAAGACACUGGAAUCAGUACAAAAUCCAGUUUGAGCACAGCUUCAGCCACUCGGACGCUAUGCGCACCGCUUCCUACACCGUCUCCUCCAUCAGCGACGUUCAAGGCUACAGCUACAACCACGACUGCACCAGCGAACAUUUAAAUGGGAAGGGCUACCAUGACAUGGAGAGCGUUGUUUUAAAAACAGAAAAGCUGUACGGGUGACUGCCAGAGCCUGGGCAGGUGCCGUGUGCUCACCCUUCCAGCUCAUGAACUCCAAGUCCCAUUUAAUGACUUCACGGCCAGAAGAUUUUACGUGACUCGGGAUACGUUUUUCUCCUGAAUGAUGCAAACUAAACCAACAGGUUUGUCGUAUGUAUGUAUAUAUAUGGAUAUAUACAUAUGUUUGUGUUUCUGUGUAUCUAUAUAGUAUGGACAUCUGUACAUAUAUAUCUCUAUAUAUGUAUGUGCAUUUAUAUGAGGAUACAAACUUUGCCUCUUCAGUUUCUACUGUGUAGACAAAGUUGGCAAUUUUUUGUACAAAGGGAAUCAAUGAAGGAUUUCUUAUUUUCGUGGAAGUUUGUAUAAGACUGUGUUGUGUUGAAGCCACUUCAUUUGCCUAUAGAAUCUUAGAGUGUAAAUACCAUACUGUAGUGUCUUAAUUCAACCUCAAACAGAACAAAAGCAAAUGGUUACAGUAGGUGCAAUAAUCACAAUAGAUUGUCCAGGUUAAUUUUGUGUCCAGCAAUUGACUGUCAGAAAAGCCCAACAGGUAGUCUGAGGUAACUGACUCAAAGAUAGUGAUGGUUUGGUUUGGCCAGUUUGUUUUUUUCCACUAAUUUAAAUCAAGCAUAUAGACACUAGCGCAAGUCUGAGACCCUACUGAGGUCUGUACUGCAAUGUAUUUUAUGGCAAGCUUUGAGCAAUUUUAUUUAAAAUGUUUUUGCAUAUUCAGGAGUGUCUCUUUCUCCUCAAGUUUAUGGAAGAUUCUUAUUGGUUCUUACUGGUUUAACACGUUAACAUCAAUGAGGCCUUAUUGCCAGAAAGAAAAUUAGUAACCUCAAUAACUGUAAAUCCUUGCAGCCACUAAUACAUCAUUGAAGCUGAUGGGAUUUCACUGUGUGCUUAGGGAAUUUACUCAACUAGGAAAAGAUCAUGUACAGAAUUUGUUGUUGUCAUUUUGUUGUUUUAUUUUAGGUAUUUCCCUGGCCAUAUGCUUAAUAAUUUAUUCCUUCAUUCUUGGGGCAAAGUUUUGAUUAAUUUUGUGGCUUUUUUUGGUCUGAGGAAAGCAUGCAAGACUAAACACAGCGCAAGUGACAUAUUACCUUUAAAGUCAGUGUAUGAGAUUCAGACUAAUCAGCAAACUAAGGUUAGUAAUUUUAAUUAUUUGGAAAAUUCAAUAUAAAGUUUGUCUUAUAAAGGUUCAAAACAUUACGGAUUGAAAAUAUUAAUAUUAUUUUGGAGUGCUUGAUACUGAAUCUCCAUCUUAGUUAAUUAGCUUAGAACAGUAAUUUAUAAACUGUUUCUUUGGUGAAAUAAAGAACAAAGGUCUCCCUGAAAAUGAGGAGGUGGUCAGGAAGGUCUUGGGAAAAUGUGUCUUUAUAGCAAUCUAUGUUCUUGUAAAUCUUUAUGCUUUAAAGAAACAGUAGGUUUUUUAAGUGAAAUGAUAAAAAUGCUCAAGAAUGAGGGCAUGGUAUGAUAUCAAGUAAAUUGAGAAAAGUCUUAUUAAAAAUCAUAAAAGUAGAAAAAGCUUUUAUUGGUUUAUUUUGAAGAUAAGCCUCCUUCAAGUGGGGAUAAACCAAAACAAAGGAGAGGAAAGUAAAUGCUGGAGUUGAUAGACUAUCAAUCACGCUAAUUAAUGUGUAUCUGGUGCAUGUAAGCCAGUCAAAAAAAUGACAGUUCUUUCUGAGACCACUUCGAUUUCAGUUUUAAAUACUUCAUUUUGUAUAUGAACAACUUGAUUUUGACAUUUAUACGUUUUUGUCAGUAGGCUUUCUGUAAGCUUCAUUAGCAUCUAGUUAAUUUGCUAUCACAGUGUUUAUUGGUUUGUGACUCAUAAGGCUUUAAAUGCUUUAUAUUUAGAAGGAAAACAUUAGGACGAUGUGGUAAGUUCACGCCACUUGCACCUUUCCGUAGUUUUUUUACAGUUCUUAUGUCUGGAAUUUGAAUUUAGAAUGUGUUUUAUUAAUGAUUUAGUUUCAUAGCAUAGAAUCUCAGCUAGGAUGCACAACUAAGGUUUUUGUUCUUUUGCGAGGCUGUCUGGUUGAUCGAUGCCAAUGUUCUGAGAAUCGGUUGGAUCCUGUACUUUGGAGCAGUGUGAAAUCUGGUGAUCAGAUGUCACCAGCUCUUAAAUUGUAAGAAUACAGAAACAGUAUCUGCUACAACAUGAUUAGAGGUUACUUACAACUCUGCUUGCUGCUCUAUGUAGUGUUACUUAAAAUCUGUGCAAUGUUCUGGAAAUAGAAAAAUAUUAGUGGUGCAGAAAAUCCCUGCUCUGGUGUAGCAGCUUUAAAUUUGGGGACCAGAUCAUCAACUGGUAUAAACCUGCCUUGAGUUCCAUUUUCAGAAUCAAUGGGUACCAGCUGAGAAGCAAAGCCCAGGCAGACAUCUGUCCAUUUAAAAGGGAAGUCUUUUAUGACAUAUUAUCAGACAAUUAUUUCAAUGGUACCUGGUGGGUUGUUAUAAUUAAAACAUAUGUGAUGGUUUAGAGUGUGAUACAGUAUUAGAUUUUGAAUUAAGCUUCCUUCUCAGCUAGGCAGGUCAAAUUUAAUAGCCUAUAAAUGUUUAUCAUUUAAUUUAAAGUACAAGUUGCUAUUUGCUCCCUGUCCUCUGUUAGAGAAACCUAUAAUGGUAAUUUAGGAGGGAAAAUUGUUUUUCCACAGAAACUUUCCUAAUUCUAGGUGGACAAUCACAGCUUGCUUCUAGGAACACAUCUAUCUUCACUUUGGAAAAGAGACCCACAUCCAGCUGGAUGUGCAAGAAAAGGUUUGUGGAGGAUUACAUGCCAUAGAAGAGCUACAUUUCCCCCCACCUCAUAAGGUUAACUAACCUAUUGCCUUUUUUGCAUUGGAAAAUGCAAAUUUCCUAUUUUGUCUUCCUACCUCACCUUUUUCAGUUCCUACACAAACAAGAGAAGGAUCUGCUGCUUAAAAUGUUUUUCUGUCACAAUGAAAUUAAAAUCAAAUCCUUACUCUGAUUUCUCAUGGCUUAUUUUCUACUUUACAGAAUGUUGUAGUCCUUAUCUGUAUUCUUUGGGAUGGAAGUAAACUGUUUUGGUGGGGCUGUGAGAUUCCUUUAAACAUGCAAACAGUUAUCUGUUAUUAUUUGCUCUUUUUUUGUUGUUGUUAUUUAGUGAGGAUUUAUUGUAUUGAUCUACAGGGGCUACAGGAAUACUUGUCUUAUAUUUGGUAUCUGUAAUACCAGCAUGUUACUAUUUUAUGAGAGGGAAUGUCUAUUUUUAAUGCUACUGUCUUCAAUUAAUGAAACGUUCCAUUGCAGGGUCCCCUCAGUUAUUUGUUUGUUUGUUUAAUGUUAGCAUUUAUGCUAUGUAUUUUUUUAAUUGUGAUGAUCUACUCGAGUAUUUGGCUGUAGAAAUGCUGCGACACAUACUCCUUUUCAUGUCAUGAAACAUUUGGUCUGGAGACCAGGCAACAUUCAAGUAUUGUACUAUGUAAAUAAGAUUAAUAGAAGCUAUAGCAUUGUAUUUAUUGCUUACAUUAAGAAUGAAAUGGAGAAAAUGUGAAGUUA